AUUUCUAGCAGCCAAUCAAAGGUAAACAAAAUAUUUACUCCAUAUUCACUCAUCUUGGUGGCAGAAAAAUGAAGAUUAUGGCCCAAGAGGGCGAAUACUUCAAUAUAGGAAGUAUUGUGUCGUGUACGACAUGUUACAAUCAAAAAUUGCAAGGGGAAGUGUUAGCUUUCGAUGUGGAAAGUAAAAUGCUUGCAAUCAAAUCAUCUGCUGCCAGCGGUAAACACAAUGUCCAUGAUGUUCGCAUGGUUAAUCUCAAUUAUUGUAGUGAAGUUAAAGUUGUUAAAGAAUCUGAUGACCCUCCACCUGCACUGCCUAACUUGAGUUUACAGAAGUUGAAUAACAGACUAAAUGCAAGUAAAGAAGAGAAACGAAAACGUAUUAACUACAUUGGUAUUGGUGUUUCUGAUGAAGCACAAAAAGUGUUUAACUCUAUUGUUAAAACGUUGGCAGAGUCGAGAUGGGAAGGUAAAAAUAUAAUUGUGAUGGAAGAAGUGACUAUACGACCUCCUUAUGGAGUAGAUGAUUGCCAAGGAAAACAAGGAAGUCAAGUACUCAAUCAUGUUAGAAAAAUAAUACAAAAGCAUGUAGCUGACGAGGCACAGAGAGAUCAAAGAAAAUCUAUGUCACCAUCCACAGUUACCAGUCUUAAAUCAUGAACAAAGGGAAAUAACUUUCGUUAAAAUGACUCAAUUGUAAUGAACAAGGUUUUGAUAAUUUGAAACAUAACAUUUAUCAGCAUUUUUUUUUUAUAAAAACCUUGUUUAUAUAAAAAAAAAUCCACGAAUAAAUGUGGAAUUGCCUUAUUUAUAUAUGAGGAUAAAAUAUUUGAACCAAUGAAACAAAGCAUUUUUUUAUUUGAAUGAUGAUUAUUACUUAUAAAUAAAAACAAAAUAAAAUCAGAUUGGUUUUAUAUAAAUUACAAAACAAAAUCAGAUUGGUUUUAUAUAAAUUACAAAACAAAAUCAGAUUGGUUUUAUAUAAAUUACAAAACAAAAUCAGAUUGGUUUUAAUAAAUUUUAGGAACAUCUGUGUGUAUGCAACUUGGAGAUUUGUAAGAGUUAUUAUUGUUUUGAUACAUUACUAAAAGUGUUCAAUUUUACAAAGUUGUAAUGCUCCACUGUUUAUUUGAGAUCAUUUUUAGAGGAGAGAAAAAGAAAUUAGUUUUACAGGAAUUUCCUUCCCAAAGAUUUUUUCAGAAAAGUAUUGCUUAUUGAAAUGUUUCAUGGUUACUGUGACUUUAUGUACACCUAAACACAGGUGGAACCUGUAUGAAUACUUGUUUCAUUCUAAAAGGUCUUACAGAGAAUACAAGUAUGGCAAAAUGUCCAGUCUUCUUACUAAAAAAGCUCAGGCAUCAGAAGUUGAAGGAAUAUAGUACAAUGGGAUUUCAAUAUUAUAUUAUUUCCCUUCAACACACUCUUGAUUUAAUUCUUUUAAGGUAAAUCUAUGUUAAACAAUGUAAGAAAUGCUUUUCUUGAAAUGUUACUAAACAAAGGAUACAAGCUUUUGGUAAUAGAUUAUAAGUCAUUUAAUGAUUUUAAUAUAAAUGAAGAUGUAAGCAUUUGUCAAUCUUAGAAUUAUUUCUUUAACGCAAACAGCAUAUUUUCUGAGGUAAUCAGAUCUUGCAUCCACCAUAUUUUUUUGCUAAGAAAUAUAUAUGUAAAAGAAUAUUGAAAGUGUUUAUCUCAUUACUUUGAUAUAUUAUUUAGCCAGGAAUUCAAAGUAGAUGUUUCUACUUUAUAUCUGAUGGCUUUUGGGUUAAAAUAAUGAUAAUGGUUUCUGUGUUUAACCUACAUUAAAUCAUGAAUUUCAACAAUGAACAAGAGUUGUUAUUAAACAGAAAUGUUAAGAAUUUCCCAUAGUUUACUUUGCUAUCCAUUGAGAUCUGUUAUAAGGGAUUAUGCCAUAUAGUUGUCUCUUCAUUUUGCAUAUGAAAUGUACGGGAAUAAAUUAAUUUUAAUCUGUAUAAAAGAUACAUUAAAAAUACAACAUAUUUUUUUUUCACAGAAAGAGGAUUUGUCACCUAAGCUCAAAAAAUGUAUGUGUUUACUGGGGAAAAUAUUUUUUUUUUAUAGCAGAUCAUGAUAAGAAACAAGAAAAACAAAGAAUGAAAAACCUUAAAAACCAGAAUGGCCCUAUAAAUCCAGAUUUAAACUGCAAAAUAGACCACUUUACAGUAUGAAAGAAAGUUCAAAAUACAAGAGAUCCAAUAUUUAUCAUAGCAUAUUUGAUAUCUUGAAAUUUUUUCAAGAGGUACAAUUUUUUUUUUACAGUGAAAUAUAUUGGUGGUUUUUAAAAAGAAAGUCACUCAAACAUUACAGUAAAGCAAAACAGGCUGUAUUUCAUUCUGACAAUAAAUCAUAAGACAAAUAUAUUUAGAGAGAUUGAUGAAAUACAGUUCCAAGAAAACAAGCAUUCAUUGAGAUAUGCUUCAAUUUUUUUUGAGAGAGUAAUAGUGUUUAAAGAUCUUUUUGAAAUGGGGAUGGGGUGGGGUUGAGAUGUAUCUGAGUAAAUUGAAAAGAGUUGUCUUGAGUCAAAUAAUGAUUAAAGAAGACUGAAUAAAGAAAGAAUAUUCCAAAUGGGAA